AUGGACCGCGGCGACGAUCCAGGCGACAAGGCGUUCCUUUACGGUCUGCACUUCCUCGUUGCGACGGACGACGAACUGAGUGCUGACCUCUCUGUCGUGUGCGACUUACUCAACGAAUCCUCGUCGUCCGAUGGGCCGUCGACUCUUGCCAUCGCAGAUUGUGUCGGCGGCGGUGCCUAA